CAAGAUGGCGUCUGUUAUUGGAUUUGUUUUCUCUGUGAACUCUGACAGGAAUGAACUGGGUUUUAAAAUAAAUAAGAUGUUUUAAAAGAGUACUCGAUAAAGACAGACGAUCCUAGUGCAUGUGUAUUUUGUGUAUGUCGGUUGUAUUGGCUGCUGUUAUGUUUUAGAGUGUUUGAAUGCUGAGAAAGUUUUGAUUUGUUGUGAACGAUGGCACUUCGCGAGUUGAAGGUUUGUCUGCUUGGGGACACUGGGGUUGGUAAAUCAAGUAUUGUAUGGAGAUUUGUGGAAGAUAGCUUUGAUCCUAAUAUCAAUCCAACUAUUGGGGCAUCCUUUAUGACGAAAACUGUGCAGUACCAGAGUGAGCUACACAAGUUCCUCAUUUGGGACACAGCCGGGCAGGAGAGGAAGAGUUCUGCUGCAGACCCUGCAACAGCCACGCUCCCUGGGACUUUACACUGCACACAGCCCUGCUCCCUGGGACUCUACACUGCACACAGCCCUGCUCCCUGGGACUCUACACUGCAUACAGCCACGCUCCCUGGGACUCUACACUGCACACAGCCCUGCUCCCUGGGACUCUACACUGCACACAGCCCUGCUCCCUGGGACUCUACACUGCACAACAGCCCUGCUCCCUGGGACUCUACACUGCACACAGCCCUGCUCCCUGGGACUCUACACUGCACAACAGCCCUGCUCCCUGGGACUCUACACUGCACACAGCCCUGCUCCCUGGGACUCUACACUGCACAACAGCCCUGCACCCUGGGACUCUACACUGCACAACAGCCCUGCUCCCUGGGACUCUACACUGCACACAGCCCUUCUCCCCGGGACUCUACACUGCACACAGCCCUGCUCCCUGGGACUCUACACUGCAUACAGCCCUGCUCCCUGGGACUCUACACUGCAUACAGCCCUGCUCCCUGGGACUCUACACUGCACAACAGCCCUGCUCCCUGGGACUCUACACUGCAUACAGCCCUUCUUCCUGGGACUCUACACUGCACACAGCCCUGCUCCCCGGGACUCUACACUGCACACAGCCCUGCUCCCUGGGACUCUACACUUCACACAGCCCUGCUCCCUGGGACUCUACACUGCACACAGCCCUUCUCCCUGGGACUCUACACUGCACACAGCCCUGCUCCCUGGGACUCUACACUGCACAACAGCCCUGCUCCCUGGGACUUAAUGGAAAUGAAUGUUUUGUAGAAAUACAAUUUUGUAACAUAACAUAAAAAUACUGUGUACUUCUUCAUUAAUUUCUAAAAGGGUUGCAUGCAAUGUGCAAAUGAUUUAGGUUUUUUUCUGAUUUGUUUUAAAGCCAGCAGUAGUAAGUCUUUGGAAAAUAUUAUACUUAAGAAGAAGUACAUGAAGUAUUGAGUGUUUUGAGCCUUUUCAAUUGGGCAUGCACGCUUAUUCCCAGCCUGCUUUUUAUUAGAACCAUUAGGGCUGUAAUAGUGGAUCUUUCUGACAAGCCAGGCUGACCCAGAUAUCUGCUGUACCAAACGUAUUGAGAGUCAAAGUAGCCUUGGCAUCUUUUAGUCUUUCUCUUAAUUGCUUCCACAUGUUGCAAUUCAAUUUAAGUAGACAGUAAUCGUUUCCAAACACACAGAUGUAUUUAAUUAAUGCAGCACUGGGCUGUGAAUCCACCAACUGGAUAUAAGGAUUAGUUGCCAUUGUCUUUUAAAUUGUAAUAUGUGUUACAGACCCCUAUAGUAAAAGGGCUGCUCUGGAGUCGGUAGAGUGUAUGUUCACGGUGCGGCUAGGGUGUGCAUGAUGUGAUUGCAUUGGCUGCAUUGAAUUAGUUUGCAGUCUCGCAGACUGGUUUUGGGUAGGGGUAACAGUCCAGCUUUACUGAAUAAACUAUUGAAUUCCAGUCCUCCUAAACCCAUUUCUGAUUGUUUUAAUC